GAGAUUUUCAAACUCACACACGCACUUUCACGUAUUCCUCCCCAAGCCAACACCUUCCUCGUUCAUUGGACAUUUAUCCAAGCAACUGAGCUCUCAACCUUUUGUACAUACUCACAUACCAUACCAUCGCUUCGUUGGGAUUCCAUAUCCGGCAUAGUGCUUUAUUUUUACAUCCCUCCUCAACCUCUUUUGUUUUCAACAUUCAGCUCAAUUACUGCAUCUUUCCUUCACAAACUUACAUCAACCAUUUGACUUUUUAAAUUGCUUUCGCCUGCGAUCCCAUAUAUAAAAGCCUUCCCUUCGUAGUAGUCGCUAUUUAUAGCUGGUAUCGUCAGCUCGCUGUAUUUUAACCCCCAGCACCUCUUAGAGGCUGCCACCCUCACCAAAACACAUGGCUCCUGCGGCCUACGCUAAAGCCCUCGACUCAACAUCGAAUACAUACAGCUCUGCCUCAGAGUCGAAUGGUUCGCAUGUUGAAAAACCAUCGGCGUACGCCUUUUCACCAAGUUGGCUGAAUAAUACCACAGGAAGCUCGCCAAUGAGAUCUCUCAACACGAGAGGGCUUCAGCCGUCAGAUUCUAUAUCGGGCGAUAGCUCAAGCAGCAACCAGCCAGAAACCAUGGAUUCCCAAGUUCGCUCACUGUCUCAACUUAAACCCACUCGUGAUGGCACAAAUACGUUUGAAAAGAACUUUCCGACGUUGGCGGCUAACUCUGCCGAAGAUAAGCAUUCUUCUGCAGGUUCGGUAUGGGCUAAUCGCAAUCUCACAAAGGAAAAAGUAAUAUCAAGUCGCUCGUCCCUUGAGGAAGGAACUUAUCAGGGUAACAAGCAAAUAAGCGAACACAAUGUUCAAUUGGCAAAACUGAAAGCGCUUGUACCCAAAUUGGAAACAAAAAAGCGCACGUCCUCUUCAAGACCAAAACCGAAUAUGCAUCCCGGUCGUACUUUGUCCUUACCAGCUCAAUUCAGUCGAAGUACGUCCACUGUUUCACCAAAGUCUGUGUCAGCGAUCUCCUCCCCACCACUAUCGGCCAGCUCAACCCCUGCCACACCUAAAAAACUUGCCGUGUUUCGAUCAUCUCACGUUCGCCAGAUAUCACCGGUAGAGACGAAGGGAUUGUCUAGUCCAACCAAUUCGGACUCCAAAAAACUUGACCAAGGUCUAUCGAUGGAUGAUCAACGUGUGGACACCGGUGUUAUGAGCCAUCAAAGUGAUUUAUACGACAAGUCCCAUAGUGAUCAUAUCUAUGCGGACGAUCUGUCCCAAAAAUCAAAUGACGACUGGCAGUUAUCGUCUGUGGAUUACGGUAUCACCUAUAGCCCACAGGUAGAUAAUGUAUCUACAAGUAUCCAGCAAUCUCGUUCCGAGACUACAGCAUAUUUGAAGGAGUAUCAAAGAGGCUCAGAACGCUGGGAGAAUAAUUGCGGUGGCAUUUCGCUGUCGACGCCUACGACUCCCAAGAAAACCAUAAGCGAUACGUCAAGCAAGCUGGAUUUCGAAGACCAAUCUUCGCUAUUUGGUAGCCGGUCAAGUUCACCUAGUCACCGCAGUCAAUCUUCCGUUUCAUCCACUAGCCGUAGAGAGUAUUCGCACUUUGGUCCAACCCAUCAGCAAGUUUCGUACAGCGAUUAUGCCUAUAAUCAAGAGCCCAUGUUAAGCUCCAGUUCACACACUUUGUACCAACAACAACAACAAUCACAUUACACCAACCCGGUUGAAUCAGUGGACUCGUUUACGACUCGCCCAUCACCAUCAUUUGAUAGAAGUCAUCAAGAUCAUUCAAACGUCUCAUCUAUUUAUGCAAGGCAUGACUCUUAUUAUGGACAGUAUGGUUCCAACGAAGAGCGACAUGUCCUUAAAAGCAGAACCUUAGGUCACCCUCCCAUCAAUCGACAUAGACCAGGAGUUUAUCAUGCUUAAUGGCCAUCAGUCGCCAUGUAGCACUUUUGUACAGAAGAGUUUUUUUUUCACAUUUAAUUACAUAGGUUAUCCGAACCAACCACAUCUUUUUUUUUUCUAUAUAUAAAUUAUUCGUUCAUACCACCCAUCAAAUACAAAGGUGAAGUGAUCAGUAGGAAAAUAGGCAAGCAAAAUGUUUCCAUCUCCGACAGGUAUAAAAGCUUCAGUAUGACGAUUGUUUCUCGAC